AUGGUCUGCCACCAUGUUUGGGAGGGAAUCCCCCCCAAAAUGGGAACCCCCCCGCGCAUAAAAAAGCAGUAUUUCAACUAUGUGGUGGAUCCCAGGGCGGUGGAUCGGAUAAAAGGGGCCCUGGGACCCAAAAACCCGUGGUUACCCGGGACCCAGGGGGCCCUGGUCCACCCCAGCUGGGAUGAGGCCACCAACAGGGUUAAGGAAUACGAUUGGUUAAUGAAAGCUCCUGCACUGGCGUCUGCUGUCCCCAUACUGGUUUCCACCAAGUCAACUGGCCUGAACGUCAACCUGGUUCCUUCGGACACAGAGGAGGACAACACUGAGGAUGAGGCCUCCACUGCCUCCACCCCUCAACCCGCCCACGAAACACCCAGCGUGGCCAAAACUCCCUCCCCUGUCAACCCUGCCCUGCCAGCUGACAGUGAGGCACAGACCGGGCUUGCAGCAAGUGGAAAGCAAACAGUGACACUGACGGGCCAAGCUACAGUGGAAGUAGUUGCUAAGAGGGCUGCUGGAAAUAAACCCUCCGACGAUGACUGUGUCAUAUAUCGUUAUGGCUCCUUCUGCACUGGCAUUGAAGUGUUUGAGGGAAUUGAGAAAGUAGAGAUUGUACAAAUGGACAACGCCGUGGUGGCGGCGCCUGAGAUGGACAAAAAUGUUUUGGACAUCACUGUUACCUGCCAGGGAAGCCUUCCGAAAGAGGUAUGCAGCGUGAUUCUGGAUGCAGAGUGCUUGAGGCCGAUUCACACGGCGUGCAAUAUGGUGGAGCCCUCCAAAGAGUGCCAGCUGGUGUUGCGUCACUUCUUCAACGACUCUGGCAUCUACUGCAUCAACGUGUCCAUGGCCAAUGACGUCAGUUUAGCUGCAGCCAGUGCCAAAGUCAGCGUCGACAUGGGGUCAGGCCUGUCCUCUCUUGGCACCGUCGGCAUGGUGUUGGGUGUCUUGGUACUCGUCCUAGCAGUAGGAAUAGUGGCAUAUUCUUACAAGCGCUUUAAGUCCUAUCGUCCUCUGAAGGAGGACCUGAUUGUGUCUGCCAGCCCGCAGCCCGACCGGGUUCACAGCUGCUCUGGCGCCUCGAUGUUCUGGAGUCUCCUGAACAGACGGGGAGCUGUGGACAACUGCCCUUUGCUGCAGGACAGACCGGUGUAAACCAUCACCAGCAAAACAAAGCAACUUAUGAUUGAUUGAAGUUAUAGACACCUGGGAGGUCU